AUGCUGGCAUGCCCUGCUGCCAUUAUCUUCUGGUAUGUGACGCUACACCAUUUUGAUGGCUCAUUAUUGUCAGCCUCCGUGGCGCUCAGGAACAAGGGGUUCAUUUCCUUUUAUCGCGAAUACUGCCCCGUCCUUAAUCUGAGAGCUACUCUUGUCUACGGAGCUUGGGUUCUUUUUCAAGCGCUACUGUACAGUUUUCUCCCAGGGUCUACGUAUGAAGGACAGCCCACCCCUGCUGGAAAUAUCCUCAAGUACAAAAUCAACGGGUUGUUGGCUGUCGUUGUCACUGUGCUCCUGUUUGGCGCGAUAAGUCUGCGGGGUGGUAUUCUUGCUUCAUCAUUUGUCGCCACAAAUUGGGGUGCAUUUCUCGCCAUAUUCAAUAUUUACGGCUUGUUUCUCGCUCUAGCUUUCUACCUUAAAGCCCACUUUGCGCCAUCACAUCCAGAAGACAGAAAGUUCAGCGGGUCUCCCAUCUACGACUUGUAUAUGGGAAUCGAGCUCAACCCGCGGUUGGGCCAAUCAUGGGACAUGAAACUUUUCCACAAUGGCCGUCCUGGUAUUAUUGGUUGGAUAUUAAUUGACAUGUCCUUCACCGCGCUCCAGUUUUUACGGCACGGAUACAUUACGAGCUCAAUUAUUACUGCCGACAUCCUUCACCUGGUUUAUAUUAUAGACUUUUUCUUCAAUGAGCAUUGGUACCUCAAAACCCUCGAUAUGGCUCAUGACCAUGUCGGAUUUUAUUUAGCUUGGGGCUCGGCAGCCUGGCUUCCCACCAUCUACACCUUGCAGCCCCAAUUUCUAGCAAUUCACCCAGUGUCUCUCUCUCCUAUUGCUGCAGCUACGAUUCUGACCACUGGGCUUGGUGGAUAUAUUCUGUUCCGGUCCGCAAAUGACCAGAAAUACCUCGUGCGUGAAACCCAGGGCAAAUGUUUAAUAUGGGGGAAGGCGCCAAAGUAUAUCCAAUGCAAGUAUAAGACCACAGAUGGAUCGACGCACAAAUCUAUUAUUCUAUGUUCCGGAUGGUGGGGAGUUGUCCGUCAUGCGAACUACUUGGGUGAUCUCGUCUUGUCCUACGCAAUGUGUGCUACCUGCGGGUUCACUCACUUGCUCCCGUGGACAUACGCCAUAUUCAUGACAACGAUACUCGUCCACCGGUGCUAUCGAGAUGAGCAGCGAUGCGCCAGGAAAUAUGGGAAGACCUGGGAGGAAUACUGUGAGAAAGUCCGAUGGAGAAUCAUUCCUGGCGUCUUUUAG